AUGUCGUUUUGACGUUUGUGUUUACUUAGAGAGUUAAAUUAAUAACUUUUUGGCGGUUGUUUACGCGGAAACCGAGAAAAUGUUGUUUUUUUAUUGAUAAAUGAGUCGAAAGGUUCGAUUCACGCUUAAAUUGGACCCUAUUUCGAGAUUGUUUACUAUUUCUGGAUAACAUGGAAGUUUAAGAAGCGUUUUUUGAGGGAUUAAUCAGAAAUGUUUUUCACUUUAUUUUAUAUGUACGCAACUUUGUCGCAAUGGUGGCGUUUGGGCGCUUUAAAAAAUAAGCUACGGGGAACUUUAAACGGCUCAAACGCGCUUUUGGUGUGUUCGGGAAACGCGAUUUCUUUCGAUUCCGAUCAACGCUCGUUGGAGAAUCUUCUUUAUCAUCGGGAUGAUAAAUUCGCUUGCACCGUUGUGCCUAGGCAAAGAAUUAAUUUAUCUUCCUGGGUCGUUUUUCCAAGGAGCGAAUUUAAUUUUCCGAUUCAAUUCGUAAAGAAUAAUUUGAGACUUUAUGACCCCAAGUUGUUUUUAAUGAUAACGACUCAUUUCGAAAAGUUUCUUCCGCAUCAAGCUGAAAUAAUCGAGUUGGAACGAUUUGGGGAAUUAAUCGCUUGGAAAUUAAACGAUUUCAUGAAUAUCAUUGUUAAAACCGAUAUGGAUAACGUCACGAAGUUGGUUCAUUUCCUUUCGAACAACGACGUCGAUAUUAACCAUGAAUUAAAAGUUGUUAAAAUCGAAACCGUUGACGUGCAAGGGAGCCCUUCAAGAGUUAAAUUCAACAAGAUUUUUCCUUCCGACGUCCGAUUAAAAUACUCGGUCGAUCAACUCGCUUGGAACGAAUUCGUUAAAAGCUUAAAAGAAAUUUAUUCGAAGUUGAACGAAAAAGUUUUAAACACAAAUCCAAAAAUAAUGAUUGAAAACGGUUCAAAAUCAAAAUUACCAAUUUCCGAGGUUAAACCCAUCAAAAAAGAGUCGUCAAUUAAACACGAAACGACCUCAAUUUCCGAUAAAGACACCCUCGAAGUUUGCAAUAAACGCUCAAAAACGAAAUCAUCGCGAGAUCGGAGUAAAUCGAAGGAGGAAAAACGGAAAUCGCAUCAUCAAAAUCAAAGUAUUAAUAGAGAAAAAUUGGAUGAUGACGAUGUUAAAAAGAAAAGUGGGAAAAAACGGACGGGAACUUUAAAGAAAAUGAAUAGUUUACAUGAAGACGAUGAUCCGAAUUUGUGUUUGGCUCAAAUCGAUUCUAAGAGGAGGAAGGAAAGUUUGGGUGUGUUGAGUGAGGUGAUGGUGAAAUUUCCGAGUGAAAGGGAGAUUACCCGGCAAAAUUCGAAUACGAAGAGAAAUACGAAGCCGCCGAAUGUGUUGGUUUAUGGAGAUAGUUUGGCGGCGAAAGAGAAUGUUAAAAAUGUUUUGGGUGAGAUAUUAAAUAAGGAGAGAUAUACAAUUUAUGAUUUACCCCUAAAUAAACCUUGCGAUCUUUGGGACGACUCCACAACCCUCGUUGUAAUUUGCGGAAACGUAACUCCCGCUUUAACCCACGAAUUAUUGCAAUACUUAGUUAACGGGGGGCAACUUUUGUGUUUAUGCAGCGACCUUUUAUACAGCGUUUUGCAAACGUUCUCAACAGCCGAGGUUAGAGAACACGAACUCGUUCGUUUCUCUUACUCCGAUUGGAAACAAAUAAAAAUGAUGCACCACAUCUUUUGUUACCAAGCAUCCCCGGCGAAAAAGCAAUUUUCGAAAGACUCGGAUCACUCGAAUCAUAGCAGCGGCGAUGGGGGGGCUGAAACUUCGAGCCCGAUCGCCCCAAGAACUCCAUCAACCGUUGAGAUCGUUCAUAACGGUGUUAAUUACACGGUGCAAGUUAAAAUUUUGGGAACUGAAGAGACGUGGCAAACCCCCAGCUUGCUUUUAGCGACGAUUAAAAACGGAGCGGGGCGCGCGAUUUUCUCCCAAGUCCAUUUAGAGGUCGACCCCGAUCAGUAUCAAGACGACGAAUCCAAAUAUGAAGCGUUAAAAGAAAGCAAUUCGGCCCGGUUAGAUAUUUUAAAACAUAUAUUAACCAAUGAAUUAGGAGUUAAUUGCGAUGAUGCGGGGAAAAGCGAUGUUAAAUACACCGAGGGUUAUUUUUUGGGAAGACAUGAUAUGAAGCUUCAAAUGCUGAAAGAGAACGAAAACGUCCGUGAAAAUCGUUUAAACGGAGAAAAAUUAAGCUUAAUUUUUUGUUGGAAAGACGACGAACCGGGUCACGCAACAUCAUCUCGCCUCCCCAUCAUGGUUUUAUCAUGCCCAUCAAAUUUCUCCACCAUCGAGUAUUUCGAGACUUUAAACACGAAAGAAAUCGGGCGUUUAGUUAUUUAUAGCGAUGUUUUAACGAGUUCUCAAGAUGUUUUAUCUCAAAAAUUAGUUCAUGGGUUAGUUGUUAUACCAAGACAACAAACAUCCGGCGUGGGUCGCUCCCAAAACGUUUGGUUAAGCCCAUUAGGAUCAGCGAUGUUUUCUUUACAACUCCAUAUUGAUUUAAACGGAACAAUCGGAAAAUCGCUUCCUUUAAUGCAACACAUUGUUAUGGUCGCAAUCGUUUCAGCUUUGCGAUCUCAAGUUGGAUAUGAAAGGUUAGAAAUCGGUUUGAAAUGGCCCAACGAUUUAUAUAGCUACUCAAAAAUAAAAAUUGGUGGUUUAAUCGUCAACACCCAAGUUUAUAAAGACUUAGCAGUACUCAAUGUUGGUUGUGGGGUCAACUUAGAUAAUUCUAACCCCACCACUUGCAUCAACGACAUAAUCGAUCGUUACAACAAAGACUUUAAUACCCAAUUACCUAAAAUUCCAUUCGAAAAAUAUUUCGCUUUAGUUUUUAAUGAAUUAGAACGUAUUUUAAACGUUAUCGAUAACCAAGGAAAUAUGGACUAUUUUUAUGAGUUAUAUUACAAAUAUUGGCUCCAUAAUGACGCGGAAAUCGCUGUGAGAACGGAAGAUAACCACUUAAGAAAGGUAAAGGUAAUUGGGAUCGAUAAUUUUGGUUAUUUGAGGGUUAAAUCGAAGGAUGGGGUGAGUUCUGUUCAACCGGAUGGGAAUUCUUUCGAUAUGUUGAAAGGGUUGAUUGCGCCGAAGAUCCGGUAAGACUAAAAAUAAAAUAAUUGUCUUCUAGAGUUGCCAAUUUUUUUAUUAUUUUUUUAUUAAACAUAUCUUUGUGUGUUCGAUUCUAUCUGAAAAUGUGAUUAGUGCUGUUGUCUGUUAAUGUCUUUAAAGCGUUAAGAAAAAUGAUGUGUUGAUAUAUUCGAUGUUGUGGUCUAAAUAAAUACCGUCUAAUAAACAAA